AUGGCAGUUUAAGAAAAUAUUACCUUACCUAAAGAAAAUGCAUUCACUAAUCAAUAUAAAAUGUAUAAACUUAGAUGUGAUAUCCUUGAAUAAGAAAAAUAAUAGUUAAAUACUUAAAUUAAAGAAUUGAAAAAUGAAUUAGUAGAACUUGAAAGAAAAGUAGGAUCACUUUAAUCAGAGAGAGAAAAGAUAAUCUCUAAAUAAGCUAUGCUUUAAAAUAAUGUAUUUUCAAUAUUAAUUAUAUUUUAGUUAGAUGAAGUUAAUUAAGGACUUUAGACUAUUGUAGACAGAAGUAAGGCCAUAACUGUAAAAAUAUAUAACAUAUAAGAAUAAAUGAAAAUUUUAGAUGAAACUAUGAAACCUCUUUAAUAGGAAAUGAAUAAAUAUGAAGUUUUGGCUAAAUCUACUUGA